AUGCCCCGGCCGGGAGCGCAGCCCUCGGGCACCCGCAUCCCCCGCACCCCGGCAUGGAGCGAACCGCGGAUUUGGGGGAUGACACAAAAGCGCUGGGGCCCUGAUGGUCAGAGGACAUGCACAGGCCUUCAGUGGGAGAGCAGUGUGUGGGGGAAAUCCAGCCCUACCAAGGAAUCUCUCCCUUCCCAAAACACAACAUUGAUUUCACCAGUAAUCACUGCACAGAUUGAUGAGGAGAAACCCUCUGUGCCUAUGCAGGCCCUGCUCCCCCAGCCCAGAGCUCCUCACACAGAGCCACCCUUGCCUACCCAGGGCUCAGCCAUCGUUAGCAGAACAUUUCUGGUGCUUCCCAGCCGCUUGGAGAUCCAGGCAUCCUUAGAGGACACCAUGUCACCGUCGGACUCUCCCAGCCCAAAGCAGUGUCCAGGCCAGCAGAGAGGCUUUGCCUCCAUCACUGUCACGGCCAGGCGUGUUCCUGUGGGCUCUGGGGAGCUGGCAGGUGGCCCUGGGGCUGGCCAGGAGCCCAGCACCGUGUCCCCCACGCCCAGCACAGUCCCCGCUCUCCUCGAGCGCUGGCCUCCCCCAGCCCACGCCAUCCAACCUCCUUUAAAGGCUUCCAAGUCUUGCUCAAGAUUAGGUGAAGGACCCCAAAAGCAGCUUUUUGACCCUGGAAUCAAGGAGGAUGGCGUGGGUCUCCAAAGCAGUGAUGGGAGGGAGAAAAUUCCACCUUCAUUCAUCUCCUGUGUCCAGCUCCAGGUGUGUGAGCCCUGUCCAAACACCAUCUAUUAUCUGGACAGGUCGCUCAGUGUGUGCAUUGACCAACCUCGAGUUAAAUGCCAAAAAUUGUACAGAUCCACGUUGUCCUUGAGCCUGAAGUGCAGUUUGUCCGGAUUAACAGCAGAUGGAGUAGAUGGCAUAGCUAAUGGAGAGCCCAUGGAGGAGACAGCUCCAAGGAAGCUCCCAGGAGCACACGGAGCUCCGCUCAGAUCCCACCUGAGCUCAGACUUCACGGGAAAUAAGGUAAUUAAGGAGGAGAAAACAGAGGAAGGACAUUUGGGUCGUAAAUACCCUUUGCAAAGUGUCUUUGCCUCGGGACUUGCAGCAUUUGUGGAUAUUCCCAGAGGACCUCACAAGGCAGCAGCAGCAGAGGAAGAGGAUGAGCAGCCUGGCAGCCACCACACUGUGCUUUCCCUCCAAAUUCCUCAUUCAAGCAAUGAGGCAGGAACACCAAUGCUUUUGGGAAGCAGGAAAAGGAGCAGCACAACAACCCCUGGCUCCCUUCCAUUUGCAGCCUCCAGAGAAACCAUUGCUGCUGCUCCUGAUGGCUCAUCCAACAGGGCAGAUCCCUCCAAAGACCCCUCCAAACCCAAAGAGAUCCAAGCACAGGGUGUCCUGAAACCAAAAAUGUCUGUCUCCAACAGCACAUGCAAUGUAAAGGCGUCAUCAGGAAUGCUCUGGGAAGAAAAUGUUCACAGGCAACAGCAGCUCCUAAAAAGCAAUUAUGAAUUCCCUGCUCCGAGGGACAGAGCAGAGGAGCUCGAGGCACAGGACAAGCAAGGCUGGAGGGUGCCCCUGUCCAGGGUGCCCCUGUCAAGGGUGCCACUGUCCAGGGUGACAUUGUCCAGGGUGUCCCUGUCCAGGGCUCGUUCUCCAGGUGUGGCUUGGGACAAAAACCUGCUCACCUGGCCAGAGCCCCGCUCCCAGCAGGAGAAAACUCCAGCAGCUCCAUGUUCACUGCGGGAAGCCCUGGAGCUGCACAACCCCCAGUUCAUCUCGCGCUCGCAGCAGAGGCUGAAGAGGCUGGAGCUCAUGGUGCAGCUGAGGAGGGCCCAGCACAGGGAGGCUCCCCCGGGCACCCCCCGGGCCCGGGCGCGCAAGCUCUCCACCUCCACCUCCAGCAGGAAGAGGCAAUUCACCAUCCCUGACCCUCUCAGUGAUAACCUCUUCAAACCAAAGGAGAGAGUCAUUCCCGAGAGGGAGAUGCACAUGAGAUCUAAAAGGAUUUAUGACAAUUUACCUGAGGUUAAAAAGAAACAAGAAGAGAAGCAGAAGCGGAUCAUCAUCCAGAGCAACAGGCUGCGUGUGGAGAUGUUUAAAAAGCAAUUACUGGACCAGCUCCUCCACAGAAACACAGAGUGACAAAGGAGUCUCUUGCUCAUCAUCCUAAUUGGAUCUUGAACGCCUUUGACUUCUAGAUAAGCCAUAAAAUUAACUGUUAUCUCAAUUACCUGGAGGUAUUUUUCUUAUCAUUGGCUCUUUGUAUAAAGAAAGAUCAUUUAUGUUUCAAUUGAAAUUUUAAGGCAACUUUCUUGUAAUCAAAAACAGCCUAAAAGGGAGCACAGCUGUUCCAGAGCAUCACCUUUUGGUCACUUUACCCAGAGGAAAUAAUUUUAAGAAUUUUUAAUGCAAAUACUGAAUUACAGGGGUAUUAUUUAUCUUAAUCUUUUUUUAAAAAGCACACUUCUCUGUAGCAAUAGCCCAGUGUUUAUAAUACAUGGAAAACUUAUUUCUCUGAAGUAUUUUAUUAAUUGAUUUCCUGUGAGUUAAAUCCUUGAAGAAAACUGUUAUUUGUUAUGUUUAGGAACCAGUUGAAAUAGCAUUACCACAUCAUCAGAGCAACAGCAGUUUCACAUUAAUACUUAACAUUCCAAAAGGGACCAAUAUUUCAGCUUUCUGAAGAACUCCAUUCCUGUUCAUAGAGUGAAACUACCUAGCAAGCUCUCCCAU